UGCCCGAUACAACCCACGCCGCAAUGGAAACUGUCGCCGAGCAUGAAAAAGCCAAUCAUCCCGUUCAGACCAACACCCAGCGAACACAAGAAUCACAGACGGCUUCAGAUUUCAUAGACCAACAACUAGCCCUCGAAGCCGAUGCGCGAGAAGCCCUACCCUACAAAUUCGACAAAUGCACAAACGUCCUAGGCCCUCUGCGACAGACCGUCUUCGCUUGCCUGACAUGCAGCCCUCCACCUGCAUCCGCCGCGCAGGUCUACACUCCAGCCGGAGUAUGCUACGCCUGCUCCAUCUCCUGCCACGGCGAACACAGCCUCGUUGAACUCUUCAGCAGGCGCAACUUCGUCUGCGACUGCGGUACGAAAAGACUGCCGUCAACAUCAUCGUGCAUACUACGCUCCGAUCCCGACACAGGCAACCGGGGCGUGCACUCUCAAGAACCCGCGCCGGACAACCAUUACAACCACAACUUCCAGAACCGCUUCUGCGCCUGCGGGGAGGAAUAUGAUGCCGAGACAGAAAAGGGGACAAUGUUCCAAUGCCUUGGCCUCGGGACGGUGGAGACGGGCGGAUGCGGCGAGGACUGGUAUCAUCCUGAAUGCCUCCUAGGCCUGGGGAGAGAUUGGUACAAAACGGCAAAAGAACAGAAGAAAGAGGAGGAAAGCGAGCCGCCGAGUCAUCCUAUACCGCCGGGCUUUCCCAACGAAGACGAUUUCGAAUAUCUCCUAUGCUACAAAUGCGUCGACUCCAACCCCUGGAUCAAGCAGUACGCCGGCACCCCAGGCUUCCUUAAACCUGUCUACCGCCGGGAGACACCACCAGCCCAGAAUGAUACUGCAACCCAACAAGACACCGUAGACUCAAACGGCACAGCUCUCAAACGGAAAGCCUCUGACGCCGAUCUUGACGUCGAAAACCGACCCGCCAGCUCAUCGAAGCGCGUUAAGGACGAACUUGACCCUCCCUCUUUUACAACCGUUGUUGCGCCAUCUAAUCCUCCCCAACCAACAGCCUCAACCUCAACCUCAGCCUCCACCGACGCCAAACCAACCCACAAGCACGACGACCUUCCGCCUACUCCCCCCACCGGCACAUUCUCCAUGUUCCUCACUUCCUCCUUCCGCGACGAAAUCUGCCACUGCCCCCAGUGCUAUCCUAACCUGAUCCCACACCCACAACUCGUCGAGGAAGAAGACACCUACGAGCCAUCGUUAUCUUCUGCCUCAGAUGACUCCCAUGCCGCUCCCGGCUCGGGAACCCGGUCCCACGGCACCGCCGCGAGCCUUCUCGACCGCGGGGAAGCCGCCUUGUCCACCAUGGACCGCGUCAAAGCCAUUGAGGGCGUCAUGGUGUACAAUCACCUGCGCGACAAGGUCAAGGAGUUCCUCAAGCCGUACGCGGAAAGCGGGCAGGCCGUGUCCGCCGACGAUAUCAAGGCGUAUUUUGAAAAAUUGCGUGGUGACGAGAGUGCCAUCAAAGAGGCCAGCGGCAAGCCGGUCGACUCUGCUGGAGGUGGCGGUGGCGGUGGCAGUGGUGAUGCAGAUAUGGAUGGUGCGGGUGGUAAUAGGAGGGAGCAAUCUGGAUAUUAGGCUUCUUCCUUGUCAAAGACGAAAGUGAGGCUCGUUCCUCUGUGUAGAGUAUAGGGAAAAAGGGCUCCUGCAGGGACCGUGCGAGCACCAUGCCAUUUCCUUCCCUUCCAUUCAAACACAGCUCGAAGCAUGGCAGAGAAUAAGACUAUGUCAACUCGCAUAUCUCCUUCAGCA